UGUGCAGUUUUCUAUUAUAUUUUGACUCGUGGGGUUGGCUCACGAACAUAUCCAAACAUACAAAUGAAAGAUAGAUUGUGAAUCAUGUGAUCUUCUCUGUUGUAAUUAUCACUUAUCAAUGAAUCGCUUAGCUUGAAGGAACCAAAAAUGGCUACUGCAUCAGAAAUUGUAGCGAAAUUGAAUUUGAAGCCACAUCCAGAAGGCGGUUUUUACGCUGAAACCUUCAGGGACAGCUCCGUUCAUCUCUCCAAAUCUCACCUCCCACCGGAAUACAAGGUUGAUCGAGAGGUCAGCACGUGUAUAUACUUUUUGGUGCCUUCUGGGUGUGUAUCUGCUCUUCAUCGCAUACCAUGUGCAGAGACUUGGCAUUUUUACUUGGGAGAACCUCUUACGGUAUUGGAGUUGAAUGAAAAGGACGGUCGUGUCAAAUUGACUUGUCUUGGGUCUGAUCUCAUUGGAGACAAUCAAUUACCUCAGUAUACAGUGCCUCCUAAUGUCUGGUUUGGUGCUUUUCCAACGAAAGACUUCAAUAUUUCUGCUGAUGGGACUGUGACUAAAGCUGCUCCAAGGGACUCUGAGAAUCACUACUCGCUUGUGGGCUGCAGCUGUGCACCUGCUUUCCAGUUUGAGGACUUCGAGUUGGCAAAACGAUCUGAUCUUGCUUCACGUUUUCCCAAUAGUGAAGCUCUCAUCUCGUUGCUGACACCAGAGCCACACAUGGCAGGUAGCUUCUCAGAUUUCUAAAACGAUAUCUGCACAAGAAAAUGGAAACAAACAAUCAGAAACAUGCGUCGUUUGAUGGAUAUUGAAAGUUGAUCCACAGGUACUUCUUGGAUGAUGUUCUGACAUUGGAGCUUUGGGGGUAUAUCUUCUUUUGGAGUAUUGUCCUCAACAUCUGUUUACAUUCAGAAAUAGUUAUCAAUAUUAGAUUACGAAUGUUAUGUACACUGAUCCCACCAGAACAGCAAUUUGAGGAUUUGAGCGUUAACGGAUGUUCUGGAUUCUACCUUCUCCAUUUUCGAUUCCAGAGUUGUGAUUCUCAGAGGAGGAGUAACUGCAGCAGGUGUGGUAGCAGUACCACCUCCACAGAUGAAAAUCUUCUUGAGAAGGAGGGAUAAAGUUCUUUUGCCAAUAACUGUAGUGUCAUUAGCUUCAACACCUACAUCUUUGCCUUUACGGAGUAUGACAUGCUGGAAACUAUCGCUCUUCUUAAUCAGCUCAUCAUAACACAGUUCAUUCUUUGUUGUUUCAGAUUCAAAGCUUAAUUGUCUGUUAAGAAAUACGUUUGAUGGACAAUGCUUGCUGACUUCAAAUUCCAAGGAUGGACCCAAUUGCUCAAGGUGUUCAUCUAAUAACUGAUUGAACUCUUUUUGAAGUAUAUUUAGUUGUUCAGGUGUAAGAUCUUGAAGAUGUUGUUGCAAGAAAGAUGAUGGAUUCUCUUGAGACCUUUUUGGGCGUGCUUGAUUCAGAUUCUCAUCUCCAAACGUUCCUAUCGCCAGCAACACAUGAGGCCAGUUGGUGAAUUCUUCUGAAAAAUCCGGGUGGCUGCUCUGUUCUGUUGAUGGAAGUGCAUGCAGGAAGAUGGA